GGGUGCAGGGCGGACGCAGUCAAACGCGCUCCUCUCUCUCCUUUCUCGCCCUCCGCCCCUCACACACUUAACGCAAAGCAAGAUGUAGUAAGGCGCUUGGCCGGCGCUCUUAUUCUUUACAUAAGUUUACUUACGCUUACGAAUGCAAACAGAUUUUCUGAAACAAGUAACAGCUUAAUCAAAAUUAGAGAAAAUCAUUGGAAAAGAACCCACAUCGUUUCAUCUGUGAUCUCAACUGUGAUAAUGCCUAAAGGUUUCCUGGUGAAAAGAAGAGAAGAAGAAAUGAGUGCUUUGGAUAUGGUGGUUCCCUACAGGCCGUGGCGAAGUGACCCGUCCUCAUUACCCUCCUCUACUUCCCCCUCCUCCUCCUCCUCCUCCUUCUCCAUCACUUCAAAGACCGCUUCCUCCUCCAUCCUCGCCCUUGCCGAUUCCCAAGACCAGCCAGUGGAUUUCAGUCUACGCAACAGACAUGACAGUGGAAGCAAGGAUAUUCCGUCACCUCGUGAGGACAGACUACCUGCCUCCGAAGGGUGCGUCGAGGGAGUCAAAGAAGUGUUGCAUGUACGCGGUCACGACAAAGGUAGUCGCCUGCUCGUGAGAACGCCCGACUCUGGUUUCAGUAGUCCUUCCGACAGCGACUUCUACAGGAGAUCUGUCUACCAGCUGCAGCAACCUCGAAUACCAGCCAGAAUUCCCUCCGACGUCACGACCCCGACUCCUGACGUCGUGGAGCAGACGACGCCCUUAGCUCUCAUCAAGAAAAAGGCAAGUGUCCACAUCGACGACGGCGAUGACAUCGCUGGUGCCCUUCACGUUUCCACAGUGCAUCCCUCCCCUUCAGACACCAGCGGUCACUUUCACGGGUUCCACGUCUCCAUACCGAGACUAGACGACCCGCGCUACCUGAUCCCACCGCAGACAAGUCCAUACCACCUGUUGUCUCCCACGCUGUACUGGCCGCAUGGCUCCUCCCCUCUAAGAUCUCCUAUACCUUACACAUCCCCCCUCGGGCGAUCUCCUUAUGAUCUCACUUUUACCUCUGUUCCUAUGAGAAGCCCCCAGGAAGGCCUUAACCUGUCCCUUCGCCCCCCUGGCUCGCCCCGUCACAGCACGCCCAUCAAAAUCCCAUCCAAAUCCCCGGUGUCAAGCGCCACUGCUGCUUCCGCCACCACCACCACGCCCCAAAAACGAAAGUCGCAAAGCACAGCCUCCGGAACCCCGGAGAAGAAGGCCAAGACGACCAAGAAGUCCAAAGCGUCCAGACGUCUCAAUUUCGACGAGGACAAAUCAUCUCCCGUUUCCGGCACCAUCAUCCGAGAACUCGAAGAAGGUGAGGAACCUUUAGUCGUUCGAAAAGGGGACAUCGACCCCGCUUAUAACGUUGUUGAGAUCACAGAAGAAGCAAAAGCAGAGUUGGCAAAAAUCGACAACAAGAUCGGCGACUACGUUUGCCGACUUUGCAAGGAAAUGUACGACGAUGCCUUUGGUUUAGCACAACACAGGUGUUCCAGAAUCAUACACGUAGAAUACAGAUGUCCAGAGUGCGACAAAGUUUUCAACUGCCCGGCUAACCUGGCUUCCCACAGAAGAUGGCACAAACCGAAGACCUCUAUAGCAACUCCCACACCCAGCACCAGUGCCAACAGUGUCACUACAUCCAAAAGUGAAAUAGGCGGCGACCUUCUCGCAGGAAAGGAAUACAAUGAAAACAAUAACAACAACAACAGCACCAACAACAAAAACCACCUUCUGAAGGGACCUCCUGCAUUGGUUCCUCUCCCUCAUUUCUUGAACAUGUCAUCGAGGGAUGACGAGGAAUCCAUCGAGGGCGACCACCAGUACGAGUGCGAUCUCUGUAUGAAAAAAUUUAAACGUCAGUCAUACUUAAGAAAGCAUCUGGCGACCCACCGAGGCGAUGCCCUCGAUGGAGGCGACGGAAGCAGUGAGGUAGUAGCGCCCGGACCCUCUCACGCCUCUCAGCCUCCGCCUCUGACGCCCUUGCUGUCGCCUCCUUUCCCAGGAGAAGUUCUCCCCUGCCAUUUGUGCGCUGCGGCUUUUUACACGCCGGCAGCUUUGGAGCUUCACCUCGAAUCUGCGCACAUGAAUCUCGACCAUCAUCCUCCAACAUCCUCCACGCUGCACAUUCCUCGUCCCCAAUUCUCGCCGAGAGGUCACCUCCUGACGCAGACUUCCGCGCCUCCGCCACAACCUCCCCCUCCACCGCCGCCGCCUCCACCUCCACACCUCUUACAUCGGCCACAUCAAAUUUCGGCGCCUACUUAGGCCCUGCCAGAAGGCAACCUUCCAAGGUCAAAUGUUGCUUCCUGUCGUCUCCCUUCGGACUUCCCUUCGGCGUGAUUGACGAUGUCCUCUCCGACGAGGAUUGGGACUUCCUGAAGAAGUCGGCGUGUUUGCUGGGCACAUCGUCGACGCUGGUGCGCAGCCACAGACAUAUCAUCCCUUCCACCAGCGACUGACUCUUCUUCCUUCAGCAGUUCGUCGUCAUUUCUACUCAUGAACCAGUCAGCAGCGUCCCGCCCUCCCCCAGCACCCCCGCCCGUAUACUCGACUGCACGAAAAAGGUUAGGUACACAUCCUUUCCAUUCAUAAAUGUCAGGUCGUAUCGUAUGCAGUUUUAUCGGUGCUAAUCAUGGUACAUCUAGUCACUAUUAUCUAAUAUAUAACUUAUUCUAGCUUUUACGUUCAUUUUUCUGUGUAUAUAAUUAUCUUUAGAUAGCUGGGCUGGCAAAAGGUCUAUAUUCUAAAAUCAUAUAUCUAUACAAUACUGAAUUUAUAACGUAACGCUUGAGCAAAAUUGUAUAU